AUGGCGUCGGGUCACAUUUCAUACACCUCUCCGGGCGCAGACUCGGGCGCGUCUUCGUCUCCCGGCUCCGAUCCGAAGAACAAUCUGACCACCUCUGACGACACCACAGAGAUAGUUCACCAUAGCAAGCACGAAAAGACCUUCGAAGACGCAACGCAGGCGCUUGCCGAUGCUGCAGCUAACUCGAAGCUGGCACAGAAAGUUAGGCAUAGAGACCCUGUCGAGGCUAUAGACAAGCCGACGCAGGACUUUCGGCGGAAAAGAACGAGCUCGGCGGGAUCCGUGGGAAGCAUUCAUAAAGAGAAGGAUGAUGGAAGGCAUGAUUCGGCGGGUUUGGGUACGAUGGAAUUGAGGCCAUUGACACCGGCUAAUGAUUUGGUGAGGGCAUCGGAGGGCUCGAGCGGAUCCACCGAUAUUGUUGGAGAAUCGUCGGCGUCGAGUCGUCGGGAACGAGAUGGGGGAGAUGACGAGGGUGCUGUGGUCUCGGAGCCGCAGUUCCGCAAAGAAUCUAUCUUUAGAGAUGAGCAGAGGAAAGAAAGGGAGGCCAGGGAGAGCAUUGUCGAUCCGAAAGAGGUAUCAGACGCGAAAGCGAAGGGUUCGAAGCUGGGGACACCGGAAGAGAAGGGGGCAGCAGGCGAUGCGACAGAAACAGAACCUCUUCUUCGACCGGAAGAUAGUGCAGAAGAAAUGACUGGUCAAGCAGAGCAACAGCACACAACUCCCUGUGCCGUUGCGUCACCCUUUGAUAGUCCGGCACCCGGAAAACUCCACAGGGCACUUCGAUUCAUCUGUGCCAUAUUCGAGAAGUUUGACCCGAUAGUAUGGCGCAGGUCGUUCCGAUUUUACGAGAUAUGCGAUUUUCCAUCAACCCCUGACAUUAUCCGAAGAACCUGCCAGGACGUGCUCGCAAGAGAAUGGACGAGACAUGUCCCUCUUUUCACUUUCCUUCAGCCUGCACCUCCGGCGUUGACGGCGGCUAAAAGACUUGAGUCUGUCAUUCGCGAAGUGUGCGACAAAGAUCCGGAACGCAAUUUGGAGAUCUACGAAUUUUGUGCUGGGAGUAGUGGGCCCACACCAACGUUCGAGAGACUGAUCAAUCAGCAUCGCGUGAACAUGAAAGAACCUCCGAUUCGCUUUACGAUGUCUGAUCUUUACCCGAAUCGAGAGGCCUGGGAUGGACUGAUGGGAACCUCCGAAUGGCUUAGUCUUGAGUAUGAUCCUGUCAAUGCGAUCAGCCCGCCUCCAAAAGCCAUGAGCCUGGGCUUAGCUCUCAACAAGCAGCCGAAUGAACACAACAACACAGACAGGAGGCGUGUCUUCAGACUCUUCAACUGUUCAUUUCACCACUUUGACGAUGAACUCGCCCGCAAAAUAAUGGAGAGCACAAUGGAGACUUCCGACGGGUUUGCCAUUAUCGAACUCCAAGAUCGUCGGGCAGGCAUGCUCUUGAUGAUGCUCGGUAAUGUCUUUUUCGUCAUUCCCCAAGUCAUGGCCGCAUGUAGAUUACGUGAGCACUUUUCCUAUGGCGUACCCAACAUCUUUCUAUAUCCCCUCGCGUGGUUCGGCGCCGUCCUCACACUCACGUUCGAUGGUUUUGUAUCUUGCCUACGCACUCGCGAAUUUGGAGAGUUCACGGAACUGGUCAAACGAGCCGCGCAAGACGAAGGUCCAGUUGUCAUCAGGAGGCGAUCCCAGGGCGACGAGCAACUUCAGGUGUACGAUGUGCCAUCGUGGGAGAUACGAUCUCACCCUAAGCUUCUGCAUACGCUGCCUUUUGGAUACGUGCGGAUGAUCACGGGUGUCCGGACGGUGCCUACCUAG